CUCACUCUAAUCAAGCUUAUUAAAAAUUCCUGCGCGCUUACAGGCUGAAAUCCACCACCACCACCACCAUCAUCAUCAUCAUCUCUGUCCCCCGUGUGUUUCUUUUCGCCGGCACUUUUACUUUAUUUUCGCGUCUGUCCUCCUUCAGGACAUCGGCCGACGCGGGAGGACUCGAGAUCCGCCUUAAAUCGCGUCGUUUAGGAGGUUUAUUCGCCUGUAGAGAUGAGGAACGCGGCAGGAAGCUCGGCGAGGGGAGGGAUGAGUCAAUGCAACUAAUAAUUUAAUGGGGACAGAGCGAGAGAUAGAGAGCGAGAGAGACUCACACACACAUACCGAGCGAGAAAGAGAGGGAGAACAGAAGGGAAAGAGAAAGAAACGGACCAAACGCGAAUGUUGCGAAUGUUACAAAUGUAACGAGUGAAGGAGAAACAAUGUAGCGCUGUGCGUAAUGUUCGGAACGCUUUGAUGUUACAUUCGACGCGCGAAAGUGUAUCGCGGACUUUUAAAGCUGCUUUCGGGGAUCCGCAUAUCGAGCAUCGGCUUGAGAUGAGACUGCAGGUCGCCGUGGCUUCGUGCUGCUGUUCGGACAGAUGAGAGCAGAUCGUACGCGUCGUGUUUUCCCGUAUGCGUGUGUUGUUAAAGCCGAAAGGGAUGCGUAGGGAAUGCUGGCGGUUACUUUUGUUUUUGAGGAUUAUUUUGCGCGCAGAACGGACGGUCGUCCCGGUGGAUGUUCCCCGCGGUCGCUUGUAAACUCUAUUGAACUCUAUAGACUUGUCGGAGAUCGUACAUGAAAGGUUGAUUUCGUGCAUCUGCUUUUUGCUUGACUUCUAUUUAGAUUUCAAAGUAGUCAAAAUUGACUUUGCGGUACAUAUAUGCAGUUGUUCAUCUGCUCAAAUUAAUGAAUGAAAUCUGUGAUAUUAGGGUCAUGGCUUGGGAAACUUGAAGUUUUGAGUUUAAGGUCAGAAUAGAUUUUAUUUCGGUCAUUUUGAGGAUUUUGGAGUGUCGUAAGAUUUAUAUUAGAGUAAAUCGACGUGAAGUUUUUACUCCUCCUGCCAAAACUUGAAGGCGCUGUUCAUCCAGAACUCCUUAUAUGCUCGUCUCAAAGUGGUAACCGUGAGUAGUGGUGCUGAGAACCAUGGAGCAUCUCAGCGAAGCUUGCCUGGGGAAGGAGAACUGUGAGAUGGUCAACAGUAUGAAUGACACCAAGACCCCUCCCGCUAAGAUGGCCCGUUUGGAACAGAACGGAAGCCCGCUUGGCCGGUCCCGCCUGGGAAGCACUGGGGGUAAACUCUCCGGACUGCCCUUCAAGCCCUCCGGGCAUCACUUGAAGACCUGCCACAAGAGGGGUAACAUGCUGCCAGUGUUUUGUGUGGUGGAGCACUACGAGAGCCCAAUUGAGUUUGACAGCAAGGAGGAACAUGCCGAGUUCGUGCUGGUCAGGAAGGACAUGCUCUUCAACCAGCUCAUCGAGAUGGCCCUGCUCUCGCUGGGUUACUCACACAGUUCUGCCGCACAGGCCAAAGGUCUGAUUCAGGUGGGCAAGUGGAACCCCGUACCCCUUUCCUACGUGACGGAUGCGCCCGACGCCACAGUGGCAGACAUGUUACAGGAUGUGUACCAUGUGGUCACACUGAAAAUCCAGCUUCACAGUUGUCCUAAACUGGAAGACCUUCCACCAGAGCAGUGGACCCACUCUACAGUAAGAAAUGCCCUCAAGGAGUUACUCAAAGACAUGAACCAGAGCUCUUUGGCAAAAGAAUGUCCCUUAUCACAGAGUAUGAUUUCAUCAAUUGUUAACAGCACUUACUAUGCAAAUGUGUCUGCCGCGAAGUGUCAAGAAUUCGGACGCUGGUAUAAACACUUCAAAAAGGCAAAAGAUAUGAUAGUCGUGCGCCAGCCCUCGCAGCUAGAGGGCUACCUGGGGACAUGUGUCCUCCACGACAGUCCACGUGCAACCACGUUAGCCGAAAUGGACGGUCUGCCUGAUCUUUCUCCACCCGGGACCAACCACCUCAGCUUCAGCCAGCAGCCCAUCCCGGGCAGCACGGCCGAGCAGCCGCCCUCUCCAGUGCCCCUGUCCCACAGCAGUCAGGCCCCCGGCAGAGCCCAGCUGCCCGGCCUCCACCCCGGCCUGGUGUCCACACCCAUCAGCCCCCAGCUGGUGAACCAGCAGAUCGUGAUGGCUCAGAUCCUCAACCAGCAGUACGCCGUCAACCGCCUGCUCGCCCAUCAAUCCCUGAGCCAGCAGUACCUGAACCAUCCGCCCGUCAACCGCGCGCUCAACAAGCCCAUGGAGACGCAGUUGUCCACCAACGCCGAGGUCUCUAUGGAGAUCUACCAGUGGGUUAGAGAUGAGCUAAAGAGAGCCGGCAUCUCUCAGGCUGUGUUCGCUCGUGUGGCCUUCAACAGGACACAGGGCCUUCUCUCAGAGAUUCUCAGAAAAGAGGAGGACCCCAAGACCGCAUCUCAGUCUCUUUUGGUCAACCUGCGAGCGAUGCAGAACUUCCUGCAGCUGCCAGAGGUGGAACGCGAUCGCAUCUACCAGGAUGAGAGGGAGCGUAGUUUGACUGCGGCCUCUGCCAUGGGUCCCGCCCCCCUCAUUAGCACCCCACCCACACGCCCUGCCCAGCCCAGAAGAGAGGAGUGUAACAAUAUAAGACCCGAGGACUGGAAUCCCAGAAUUCCAGUGGGUAUCUCUCCUGUGAGUGUAUACAGCAUGGUGAAGCCCAACUCUCUAUCAUCCGAGUGGAAUGGAAAGUCUGAAAGCUGCGUGUUAAACAUCAACUCCUCCAUCUAUGAUGAGAUCCAGCAGGAGAUGAAGAGGGCCAAAGUGUCCCAGGCCAUGUUUGCCAAGGUCGCUGCUUCGAAGAGUCAGGGUUGGCUUUGUGAACUCCUGCGCUGGAAAGAAGAUCCGUCUCCGGAGAACCGGACGCUCUGGGAGAACCUCUCCAUGAUCCGCCGAUUCCUCAGUUUGUCGCAGUCGGAACGUGACGCAAUAUACGAGCAGGAGAGCAACGGAGGACAGCAGCAUCACAUGGACAGACCCCCGCACAUGAUGCACGUGCCCACGGACCCCCUGCAGACUCAUCAACACCCCACCUCUCAGCUCCAGACCCCUCUGCCCCUACCACACCUCUCUCAGACUCCUCUAUCCCAGCAGCCCUUGCAGCAGCAGCAGACAGGCCCACGGCUACCCCCGAGACAGCCCUCCAUGGCCUCGCCUGCGGAGACUGAGGACGACAACCGGAGCAAGAGUCGCCAGGGCAACCGCAUCUCGAUGGAGGCGCUGGGCAUCCUGCAGAGCUUCAUCCAGGACGUUGGGUUGUAUCCGGACGAGGAGGCCAUCCACACCCUCUCCGCGCAGCUGGACCUGCCCAAACACACCAUCAUUAAGUUCUUCCAAAACCAGCGUUUCUACGUCAACCACGCCGGCAAGCUGAAAGAGCCGCCCAUCGGCUUCCCCUCCAACAACAACAACAAGGACGAGGGCCUAACAGACUUCAAAGAGGGGGAGCUUCUCACGGAGCUGGAUGAAAGCAUGCAGACCAACAGCACCAUGUUCUCCAUUAAAAUCGAAGAGCACAUGGCGCCCGAAGCGCACGCUCCCUGUCAGGCCCAAACUGAGCAGGAGGCUAAAGAGUAAAACUGGCCUCGCGGACCGUCAAAUUUGAUUCUAGUAUCUCUCUCUCUCGUUCUCUUUGACUCUGUCUGUGUUCCAUGGGCGAAACUGUAAGACUUUUUACACAAGACUGAAUAAUACAGAGGUAAUUCACUCCCACAGUUUUGUAAAGCGUGGUUUAUUUCACUGUAAAGACUUGUGCAUCAUUUCAAUAAUCUGCACAACUAAACGAUGUAAAAAAAAAAACAUUGCAGAAGGAACAGUUUACAGAAACAUGAAAAUUUCCUCAUCGUUUACUCGCCCUUGUGUUUUUCUGAACCAGACUUGUUUUCUUUUGAGGAGCAACAUAAAAAAAUAAAAAGGCUGUUUUUUCGUAUAAUGAAAGUGGAUGGGGACUGGGGCCAUCAACCUCUACUGAAACCCUAAAAGACAUGAAAAGUGGUCCACGAAGGCUAAAAUUCCUUGCAAAAGCUUUUGUAAGGUUUCAGAAAGUUCAAGUAUAUACCACACAAGCUGCGUAGACUGUUUUAUGAUUAUUUUAUAGUCGUUUCUUUUCUAUUUGGAGCAUGACAGCCCCAGUCCCCAUUCACUUUCAGUAUAUAAAAAACAGCCAUGGCAUUCUUUAAAAACAAUCUUUUGUUAUCGAAGAAUAGAGACUUUGGAAUGACACGAAGGUCAGUAAAUCAUGACUGAAUUUUAUUUUUGUAACUCUUCCUUUAAAUCAGCAGUAUGUUGCUGUGGAUAUUUGCUGACUGCACUUCUUGUCUGUUGUUUUUACACUGAUUUCGAGCUACUGAUUUAAAAAAAAAAGGAAAGUCAACGGCGUUUGAUAGACUUUGAUGUUUACGUAUGUGAUGUUAACUGGAUUUUUUUAUAAAUGCAUGACUUUGGGAAGAGGAGAAGACAAGACAAAGGCCUUAAUGGUGAAUUGGUGAGUCGAGCACUGCUGGCUAGUGAGAAAUAAAGAGGAUUCGCUCCCUCUCCGGAUCUCUAGAACCUGCAGGUAGAACCCGGAAAAGUGGCUCAAGCUUAUUAUUUGGUUUGAGGAAAUAUGAAUAUAUAUAUAUAGACAUAUAUUAAUUGUAAAAAAUUAUACAGUCUUAAAGAAACUAUGCCAACAAAUGCCUUGUACUAUAUAUGGCACUGCCGAUGUUAGAUUAUUUUGCAAAACUUUGGUCACUGUAAUAUCUCGGAUUUCCACAGCUGAAAAUGUGAAUCACACCCAUCGUCCUGCAUUAUUUAUUUGGGGUCCUGGUGGAAUUACGUUCCGUCACAGGGGCGCUUUUCAUUUUACUGAUCUUUUUCUAUUUAUUAAUGUCAUUUCGAUGGGCAGUAAAAUCAGAAGUGUCUUAAAGUUUUAAAUGGAAAAAUGUGCUUUAACAGUUGCCUAAAAAAGUGCUGUUAUGUCGAGCAACUCACGCUACAAGCUUCACACUUAAUGUUGUAUGCAAUUUUUACUAUCAUGCAAAUAAGCUUAGGUAAACGACUAACCUAUAGACCACCUUAGAGAGAUGAAAACAUAUGCAAUUUGUGUGAAAUCGAUGUUUGCGAUGUGUCUUCCUUUGGUUAACAAUCCAACUCAAAGUUAUUCCUGUAAAAAGAUGAUGUAUAAAAAGAAGUGUUUCUUUUUUUAUGAGUUUAUUGCAAUGAGAACGCCAGAUAUUUUGUUACGACUGACUGUUUUAUAAGUGUUUCUUGGUUUCUUUAUGCAGAAAUGUUCUAACUAGGAGUGGUUACUGAUUGUUAAUGACACAAUUAAACUGUUUGUAUUGUA